CAUCAGCUCAUUCUAGUUCAAACUGAAAAGCACAGCCUUCUCUUUCUUUCUGAUUACCAAAGAAAGCCUAGCUUGUUGUAUUCUCUCACAGUCUACCAUGAAAACAGACAUUGAAAGCCUCUGGGUUUUCGCCCUUGCUUCGAAAUGCAGAGCUCUCUCCCAAGAAAGCAUUGCAUGUUCUCUUCUUGUCAUCGCUCUCUCAUGGCUCGCCAUGACUCUCUUUUACUGGGCUCAUCCCGGCGGUCCGGCCUGGGGAAGAACCAUCAAAAAUAUUAUUACUAGACCAACUGCUAUGAUUCCCGGUCCGAGAGGUCUGCCGUUGACAGGCAGCAUGAGCCUGAUGACGGGUCUGGCCCACCGGAAAAUCGCCGCCAUGGCCGAGGCUUGCAACGCCAAGCGCCUCAUGGCGUUCAGCCUGGGCCAAACUCGCGUCAUCGUUUCGUGUAACCCUGACGUGGCGAGAGAGAUUCUCAACAGCUCCGUCUUCGCCGACCGGCCGGUGAAGGAGUCGGCCUACAGUCUGAUGUUCAACCGGGCCAUCGGGUUCGCCCCAUACGGAGUGUACUGGCGAACCUUGAGAAGAAUCUCGGCUGCGCAUCUCUUCAGCCCGAAACAAAUCAAGGCGUCUGAGUCGCAACGGUCCGAGAUUGCCUCCCAAAUGGUGGCAAUGUUCGGCGCGCAGGCACAAAACCUGUGGGUGCGCGAGGCCCUCAAGAGAGCCUCCCUCAACAACAUGAUGUGCUCUGUUUUUGGACGCAAAUAUGAGCUUGAUUCGGUCAGUGACGAAGUCGAAGAGCUCAAGUCGCUAGUGGACGAAGGCUACGACUUAUUGGGUAAGUUGAACUGGUCUGACCAUCUUCCUUGGCUCGCGGACUUUGACACCCAAAAAAUCCGGUUCAGAUGCUCCGAACUUGUCCCCAAAGUAAACCGGUUCGUUACCCGGAUCAUUUCGGAGCACCGGGCCCGAACCGGUGACAAAUCCGCCCUGGACUUCGUUGACGUCUUGCUCUCGCUCCAAGGACCCGAUAAAUUAUCCGACUCUGAUAUGAUUGCCGUGCUUUGGGAAAUGAUAUUUAGAGGGACGGACACAGUGGCGGUUCUGAUCGAGUGGAUUCUGGCGAGGUUGGUGCUUCAUCCAGAAGUUCAAUCCGCGGUGCAUGCUGAACUAGACAAAGUAGUUGGGCGGUCCCGAGCCGUUGAUGAGUCUGACGUCAAUCAGAUGGAGUAUCUGACGGCUGUGGUGAAAGAGGUGUUGAGGUUGCACCCUCCGGGCCCACUCUUAUCAUGGUCUCGCUUGGCCAUCACGGAUACAACAAUCGACGGGCGACACGUGCCUCAGGGGACCACUGCGAUGGUCAACAUGUGGUCCAUUUCGAGGGACCCAGCUGUUUGGGCGGACCCGCUGGAAUUUAAGCCUGAGAGAUUUGUGGCGCAAAAGGGUGAGAUGGAGUUUUCGGUUUUCGGGUCGGAUCUGAGGCUCGCGCCCUUCGGGUCGGGCAGGCGGACUUGCCCGGGAAAGACGCUGGGGUUGACAACUGUCAUGUACUGGGUGGCUUCGCUUUUGCACGAGUACGAAUGGAUGCCGUCCGAUCAGAAGACCGUGGACUUGUCUGAAGUGCUAAAGCUGUCUUGCGAGAUGGCCAAGCCUCUGACUGUAAACGUGUGCCCAAGGCGUAGGAUGAGCGCAAGUCAGUGAAGUUUAACAUUAGAAGAAAAGUAAAAUAAUGAAAAAAAAAAAAG